UCCGCAAUGACAACGCUAGCGGUUACUUCACAAGGAAGUAGUAGAAGUUGUAGUGCGAAGAUGUUUUAUUAACAACCCUAAGAAUUUCUUAAUACGUCGUAGCAGGUCAUGUGGAAACAUAGCUAUAUUUUUCGGAUGCUUUCAAUCGAGCGAUAGUUUCUCUCUCGCCAUAACCGUUGAUCUGGACUCGCCAUUAGAUGUUUCAUUGUGCGCUAGUGAUAGCGGUAACUUACAUGUGCGUUAUUUCAAGCUCAUUUAAUGCUGCUUCUGGGGCGUGUCGGAGUACUUAGUUAUAGCGGUUUGGUUCUCUCACUUUCUUUAAAAAAAUAUUGGAUUUCUAGCACGUAAGAUUAAGAUUAUGAAUUCUGUCCAGACUGUGAAAUGCUUGAGUGAUGGAGCUGGAAAUGUGGGCAUACGCGUGAAGGAUGACGCGGAUUCGGACAGACUCGUUGGCGGAGACUCGCUGAUGGUGGCCGAAGAAAGACACCCGAGAUCGGCCAGUCCAAGAGGCACGAACGGGGAUGAUGACUCUGAAGCGGAGUCCCACCAGGACGGGCGAAACGUAGAUGUGGACCCGGAUACCAGGAGGAGGGCGUUCAGCUGGUGCCGUGACUUUCUGUCCGGGUCAUGGAAAGCUAUAACGGAGCAUGACUUCCAGAUCAAAAUAGUCAGCGGAGGACUCAGCAACCUGCUGUACAUGUGCAGUUUACCAGAUGAUGUUAAGCCUGCGGGGGUUGAACCUCGAAGAGUUCUGCUCCGUAUCUAUGGGGCUAUUUUACAGGGAGUGGAUUCACUUGUUUUGGAAAGUGUGAUGUUUGCCAUUUUAGCAGAGAGAGAGUUGGGCCCGCGUCUCUAUGGCAUUUUCCCAGAGGGUCGUCUGGAGCAAUAUUUGCCAAGCAAUCGCUUGCGUACAGAGCAGUUGUCAUACUCCCAGAUCUCAGCCGAAAUAGCUAGUAAGAUGGCACGAUUCCAUGGCAUGGAGAUGCCAUUCAACAAGGAGCCCAAAUGGCUGUUUGGAACCAUUGACAGGUAUAUGGAUCAAGUUAAAACAUUAAAGUUUGUGCGUGAAGCUCACAUCAAGAAAUUUAACAAGCUGAUGAAGUACGAUCUUCCUGCAGAACUGGAAAGUCUGAGGUCACUGCUGGCAGUUACCCCCUCUCCAGUGGUGUUCUGCCAUAAUGACGUUCAGGAAGGGAACAUUCUCAUGUUGGACGGCCGGGAGAAUUCAGCUGACAAACUAAUGCUUAUCGAUUUUGAAUACAGCAGCUAUAAUUACAGAGGCUUUGAUUUUGGGAAUCAUUUCUGUGAAUGGAUUUAUGACUACACGUAUGACCAGUGGCCUUUCUACAAGGCAAAGGUGGAAAAUUAUCCUAACAGAGAACAGCAGUUACAUUUUAUCAGACACUAUCUGUCAGAAAAAGGGGGCGUUUCACCUGCAGACCAAGCCAGGAUAGAAGAGGACAUGAUCAUCGAGGCUAACCGGUUUGCCCUUGCGUCUCAUUUCCUCUGGGGUUUGUGGUCCAUCAUUCAAGCCAAGCUCUCCAAAAUCGAGUUUGGAUACAUGGAUUACGCACAGCACAGGUUCGACACGUAUUUCAAACAGAAGAAGCUCAUUUCCUAAAAUUGCACUUAGAGAGUGGACGUCAGGAUAUCAUUUUGCCACACGAGCUGAUUUUGCUUUAUUAAUUUUAAAACUAUUUAAGAGAGGGCACAUGACUGAAGUAUGGUUUAUCCUGAGAUUUCAAGUCUACAAUGUAUUAUAGGGCUGUUCCCUAACAGGAAAAAAAAGUUUAAUAAAAAACACAAAUUUACAAUUUUUGAUUGUAAACUAGAUAUAAUUCACCAACUGCUUGAGCCUGUACAAGAAAAACUGUCAAAAUACUUUUAUUUAUUUAUAAUAAUGUAGCUGCUUUGUUUUUAAAAUAUGUUUACAUUAUCCUACACGUGUGGUCAACUAUUAAUGAUCAGUAAUAAUAUCUAUUGAUUCUAUUAAGAGUCAGCCUGUCCAUCAUCGGUUCUGUGUAAAACCACAGGGUCCAAAUGAAAUCUCUGCAUUUUAAUGCCCUAGUUUCAUUUACUAAUUUUGUCUAUUUUUGGUUGUUUAUUUAUGUUUGUUUAUUCUGUCAUUUGGAAUGGGGGGCACUUAUUUUCCUCCCCAACAGUGUUGAAAAAAAAAACUACUUCUAAAAUCAUGUUGCAUCCAUAUAUUUACAAACUGUGAAAUGUAUUGUACAUCUUUUGUUAGCUCAGGAUUUCCAUGUCAAUGGGUUUCAGAAUGGCACAUUCAUUACUGUUUUUUUGUCUCCAAAUUAUAUGGCUGUUUUUCAUUUAGAGAUUGCAAAAAAAAAAAAGAUGAGCUUUGCUUUUCUGCGUUUUACUAAGGAUUUGACCAAUGCUUGCCAAUCUACCAAUCUCUCAUAUUGAUAUGUAGCAAUAACUAUUUCUACAACCGUCUUGUACACUGAAAAAAGUGUUGCAUGCAAAACAGUUGCAAACAAUGUAUUUGUGUUGAAUUUAAACAAACAAAUUAAAUGUAAUAAUGUUCAACUUAAUUUGUUUGCUUAAAUUCAGCCCAAAUAAAUUGUUUACAACCACUUAACGUUAAAAGAAAUUGAGUAAAUCCAAGGAAUCAUCUUUGAAUAAUUUUUUUCAGUGUAUUAAUUUGUACAUAUACAUAAGUUUAACCUCAAGAACUGAAGUGUAUGUACUGACAAAUGCAUCUGUCCCAUUUCUAAAUAUGAGGAACUGCUAAAGUUUUCCUGUUAUAAUUCUUCAUUGCUUAUUUUAAUAUCUGUUUUUACUUGUCCAAAAGCAAGUAUAAUUGAUUUAGUUCAACAACAUUUGGGAUCAUCAAGUACACAAAUACUUGCAAUAUUUUGUAGGAAUCAUAUUGGGAGCAUUUGACGUGUCAAACUGAUGCUCUUGUAUUUGUCCGUGCCGAAUAGAUACUGAGGUACUGAAGAGUUUUGGGGUCAGCCCCUCUAACAAGCACCCAGUCUCAUAUUCUUAAUAUGAAGUUGAAACGGCACAGUUAGAACUAAUGUUUAUUAUUUCUGUAUUGUUUUGGCUAAUUCAGGUUAUACUGUAGACUUCUCUCUGGUAUAUUUCUCUUUGUUCACUGUCUGCAAGCAUCCAAUAUUUUUGAUCAUUAAAAAAUCAUAAAAAUCAA